ACCAGAGUAAGGAAUUAAUUAUUCCCCUUCAUUUCGUCUUCUUCCUCGUUUCUUUCUUCUUCAACUUUCCCCUAAAAAAAACUUUCCCCUUUAUCUGUUAAAUUUUAAAUCUCUAAUUUUAAGUUGGUCGAAUUUGUUUCCUUAUCGCUCGCAGAGAAGCAUUUCUCGGAAAUCCCUCUCGCUUAUCUCUUCUUUCUACUCCACCGCCGGAUCUCCAUGGUAGUGUAGCGACGGAGACUGUCAAACCCGCCGCCGUCAUCGCCUCCGCCUCCCUGUCUCUCUCACUGAACAUUCUAUGAGGGCUCUUAUCAGGGUUCUCCCCACAUAUUUCAAGAUCUCCUCAAUUGAUAAAGUCCUCUUAGAUGCAUGUAGAGACUCCGGCCUCUUCCCAACUUCUUUGAUCAACCCAACCACUGAUUUCAUCUCCUCCACCAUCUCGACAAUCACUAUUGUCUGCAAUUCCUCUUCUGGUGUCUCUGUGAAAUAUAGUCGCGAAUUAAUUUGCGAAAUUCGCGCUCCAAGAGAAGUUAAUUAGUGAAUUUUGUGCGAAUUCUUUCUAAUUCGCGUUUCGGCGCUCCAAGUCGGGAGCGUCGACCCAUUCCCGGCGAAUUGUGUGACCUAAGGUCAAACCGUGGGUUAACAUUAAAAGUCAAAUUUUAGUGAUUGAUUUGAUAGUAUCCAAAGUUAGUUGACCAUUUUUGUAAUUACCCCCUAAAGAUUUUAUUACUAGUGCCGCCGAGUACUUUUCCCGCAGCGCAUCCCACUGACCCACCAGUACCCCAACUCUACCGCCGGCAGCAAAAUAUGGAAUCAAUCGGUGUUCUCCUGAUGUGUCCAAUGUACAGCUACCUUGAACAAGAGCUGCAAUCUCGCUUCAAUCUCUUCAAACUCUGGCAGCAACCACCCUCCAAAAUUACCGAAUUCCUGAAAUCCAACCAGAGAACCAUAAAAGCAGUGGUCAGCAAUGCGAGAGUCGGCGUCGAUGCUCAACUGAUUGAUUCAUUGCCCAAUUUGGAAAUUGUGGCCAGUUUCAGCGUAGGGUUCGAUAAGAUUGAUCUCAAGAGGUGCGAGGAGAAGGGAAUUAGGGUUACAAACACACCCGAUGUGCUCACUGACGAUGUCGCUGAUUUGGGUAUCGCCUUGAUUCUUGCGGUUCUCAGAAAGAUAUGCCCUUGUGAUGGGUUUGUAAGGAGUGGUAAAUGGAAAGACGGCGACUUUGGUCUGUCAACCAAGUUCAGCAGUAAACCGGUUGGAAUAGUUGGCCUAGGGCGAAUCGGAUCAGCAAUAGCCAAGAGAGCUCAAGCAUUCGGCUGCUCCAUCAGCUACCACUCCAGAACCCAGAAGCCAUUGAAGCCAUACAAAUACUACGACAACAUCGUAGACUUGGCCAAAAACUGCUCAAUCCUCGUCGUAGCAUGCUCUUUGACAGACGAGACACGCCACAUUGUCAAUCGGGAGGUUAUCGAUGCACUAGGGCCACGAGGCAUCUUGAUCAAUGUAGGUCGAGGGGCCCAUGUGGAUGAGCCUGAGCUCGUCUCUGCAUUACUAGAAGGUCGACUUGCUGGUGCCGGGCUCGAUGUGUAUGAAGAUGAACCCGAGGUACCUGAACCAUUGUUGCGGCUUGACAAUGUUGUGCUCCUCCCUCAUGUGGGGAGUGAUACUGUGGAGACUUGCAAUGCCAUGGCUGACCUUGUGCUUGCUAACUUGGAGGCACAUUUCAACAGCAGACCACUUCCCACCCCAGUUAUAUGACCACCUGGGGUAAGUUUUGAACUCAGGAUUCUCAUUAAGCUUGAUGG